AUGGCGCCCGGUAUCCUGCAGCCUGAGUCGGAUCCUGAGGUGGCGGUUCAGAAGGUGGCCUCGCUAGCUGAGCUGACCGAGGAGUGGGAUGAUACGAUCCGAUUCUAUCUCAACGGCACAAAGGUCGCCAUCGACACAGUCAACCCGGAGGUGACUCUAUUGGAGUACCUCCGUGGUGUUGGACUGACGGGAACAAAGCUUGGAUGUGCCGAGGAGGAUGUGGCGCUUGCACAGUUGUAUGUGGUCUCCCAUAUUAAUCCAACAACAAAGAAAAUCUACCACGCCUCUGUCAAUGCUUGCAUUGCUCCUUUGGUCAGCAUUGAUGGAAAGCAUGUCAUCACUAUUGAAGGAAUCGGAAGUGUGAACAAUCCCCAUGCAGUCCAGCAGCGAGUGGCUGUUGCCAACGGUAGUCAGUGUGGGUUCUGUACGCCUGGUAUUAUUAUGAGCUUAUAUGCCCUAUUACGAAACGACCCCACGCCCGACGAACAUGCGGUCGAAGAGGCCUUUGAUGGAAAUUUAUGUCGCUGCACAGGUUACAGACCGAUUCUCGAUGCCGCCCAAAGUUUCAAUUCGCGCAAUAACUGCGGCCAAGCGAGUGCCAAUGGAGGCUCCGGAUGCUGCAUGGAAAAGAAUGGUGGCGGUGGCUGUUGUAAAGCAUCGUCUGCGCCAAAUGGAGACGACAAGCCUGAUCCUCAGUUCCCCGCACCAGAUUUCAAGGCUUAUAAUCCGGAUACAGAAUUGAUCUUCCCAUCGGCACUGAGGAAGCAUGAGUUCCGACCUUUGGUUUUUGGCAAUAAGAGGAAGAGAUGGUAUCGACCGGUAACAGUCGAGCAACUUCUACAAAUCAAGAGCGUCCACCCUGAAUCGAAAUUGAUUGGUGGAAGCACGGAGACCCAGAUCGAGAUUAAAUUCAAGGCAAUGCGUUACGCUGCAUCGGUUUACGUGGGUGACAUCCCCGAAUUAAAGCAGUACGAGUUUCACGAUGACUACCUUGAGAUUGGUGCCAAUAUAUCGUUGACCGAUCUCGAGUUGGUCUGCGAAGAGGCUUUGAAGCGAUAUGGACCUGUUCGAGGUCAGCCUUUCAAGGCGAUCAAAAAGCAACUGCACUAUUUUGCCGGGCGACAAAUUCGAAAUGUUGCCUCUCCAGCUGGAAAUUUGGCGACCGCGUCCCCUAUCGCAGAUUUGAACCCGUGUCUCGUUGCGACAAACACUACUCUUGUCGCCAAGUCUCUUUCGGGUGACAAGGAGAUCCCCAUGACGGAGUUCUUCCUGGGCUAUCGUAAAACAGCUCUUCCUCAAGAUUCUAUCAUCGCCAGUCUCCGGAUCCCUGUGGCUGCUUCAAAGGGUGAAUUCUUCCGUGCUUAUAAGCAAGCAAAGCGCAAGGAUGACGAUAUCGCCAUCGUUACAUCCGCGCAACGUGUCUCACUAUCCGAGACCAAUGAGGUAACCAGCUGCAAUCUGAUUUUCGGCGGCAUGGCAGCUAUGACUGUUUCUGCAAAGAACGCUGAAGCUGCCCUGAUUGGUCAAAAGUUCACCAGCCCGGCAGCCCUAGAAGCCGUGAUGAGUGCCUUGGAGACUGACUUCAAUCUUCCAUAUGGAGUUCCUGGUGGCAUGGCGACAUACCGAAAAUCUCUAGCGAUGGGCUUCUUCUACCGUUUCUACCAUGACGUCCUCUCGGGUCUUGAGGUCAAAUCGGCAGAUCUGGAUCCCGACGUUAUUGCUGAGAUUGAACGAGCUAUUUCCUCGGGAGAAAAGGAUCAUGAAGCCUCCGUUAAAUAUCAGCAAAAUAUUCUCGGCAAGGCCACUCCUCAUGUGUCUGCGCUUAAGCAGGCUACUGGAGAGGCACAGUACACAGACGACAUUCCAGUCCAGCAGAAUGAGCUAUUUGGCUGUAUGGUUCUUUCUACCAAGGCUCAUGCCAAGAUUCUCAGCGUAGACCCUUCCGCUGCAUUGGAUAUUCCCGGCGUUGUUGAUUACGUUGACCACCGAGAUUUGCCAAAUCCAGAGGCGAACUGGUGGGGAGCACCGAUAUCUGAUGAGCAGUUCUUUGCUGUUGACAAGGUCAAUACGGCUGGACAGCCUAUUGGUGUUAUUCUGGCAAAUACAGCCAAGAUUGCCGAGGAAGGCAUGCGAGCUGUCAAGGUGGAAUACGAAGACUUGCCUGUUAUCCUCAGCAUUGAAGAGGCGAUUGAAGCAGAGUCUUUCUUCGGGCAUUAUCGCUACAUUAAGAGUGGUGAUACGGAGGAAGCUUUCAAGCAUGCAGAUCAUGUUUUUGAAGGUGUUUCGCGCAUGGGCGGUCAAGAACAUUUCUAUCUCGAGACACAGGCUUGUCUCGCUAUUUGGAAGCCAGAAGAUGGUGAAAUGGAGGUUUGGAGUGGUACUCAAAAUCCGACUGAAACGCAAACAUACAUCGCUCAAGUCACAGGCGUCGCAGCAAAUAAGAUUGUAUCUCGCGUCAAGCGCCUUGGUGGAGGAUUUGGAGGAAAGGAGACUCGCUCGAUCCAGCUGGCUGGAAUCUGUGCCACCGCGGCUGCAAAGCUUAAGCGACCGGUUCGUUGCAUGCUCAACCGUGACGAGGACAUCAUAACCUCGGGUCAACGCCACCCAUUUAUGUGCAAGUGGAAGGUUGGUGUUAGCAAAGAGGGCAAACUGCUGGUGCUUGACGCCGAUGUUUACGCGAACGGUGGACACACCCAAGAUCUUUCUGGUGCUGUUGUCGAGCGAAGCUUGUCACACAUCGAUGGCGUGUAUAGAAUCCCGAAUGUCUUCGUCCGUGGUCGAAUCUGCAAGACAAAUACUGUCUCGAAUACUGCCUUCCGUGGCUUUGGUGGACCACAAGGGCUUUUCUUUGCAGAGUCCUACAUUUCAGAGAUAGCAGAUCAUCUUAAUAUCCCCGCAGAGGAUCUUCGUGCUAUGAACAUGUACCAGCCUGGCGAAAUGACUCACUUCAAUCAGGAUCUCAAGGACUGGCAUGUGCCGCUGAUGUACAACCAGGUUCUGGAGGAGAGUAACUACAACGAGCGACGAAAGGCAGUCGAGUUAUACAACAAAGAACACAAAUGGUCCAAACGUGGAAUGGCAAUUGUACCGACCAAAUUUGGUAUCUCCUUCACAGCGCUUUUCCUGAACCAGGCAGGUGCCUUGGUACACAUUUACCACGAUGGCAGUGUGCUUGUUGCUCAUGGUGGUGUUGAAAUGGGACAGGGUCUCCACACAAAGAUGGUCAUGAUAGCAGCCGAGGCUCUAAAAGUACCCCAGGAGAAUGUGUUCAUCUCUGAGACUGCUACAAACACCGUCCCCAACACAUCCUCAACGGCUGCCUCUGCCAGUUCUGACCUGAAUGGAUAUGCUAUUUUCAAUGCUUGCGAGCAACUCAAUGAACGUCUCAAGCCAUACCGCGAGAAGAUGCCCAACGCUACCAUGAAAGAACUCGCACACACGGCUUACUUCGACCGAGUCAAUCUUUCUGCACAAGGAUACUACCGAACUCCAGAUAUUGGGUAUGUCUGGGGCGAGAACUCUGGACAAAUGUUUUUCUACUUUACACAGGGUGUGACAGCCGCAGAGGUCCAGAUUGAUACACUCACAGGUGAUUGGACACCCCUCCGUACAGACAUCAAGAUGGAUGUUGGUCGAACAAUCAACCCAUCCAUCGAUUACGGUCAAAUCGAAGGUGCCUAUGUCCAAGGUCAAGGACUUUUCACCACAGAAGAGAGUCUCUGGCACCGUGCAUCAGGACAAAUCUUCACACGCGGACCAGGUAACUACAAGAUCCCCGGAUUCCGCGAUAUUCCCCAGGUUUUCAACGUCAGCCUGCUUAAAGAUGUUGAAUGGGAGAACCUCCGUACUAUUCAACGCUCACGUGGUAUUGGUGAGCCACCUUUAUUCAUGGGUAGUGCCGCAUUCUUUGCGAUUCGUGAUGCAUUAAAGGCAGCACGGAAACAGUGGGGCGUUGAAGAAGUCUUGAGUUUGCGGAGCCCAGCCACUCCCGAGAGAAUUCGAAUCAGUUGUGCUGAUCCCAUUGUUGAGCGUGCACGAGUUCAUCCUAAGGAAGGCGAGAAGUCUUUCUUUGUGGCUAUUUAG